AUUUAUUUAUUAUUAUUCUUUCUCUCUCUAUUGAAUUUCUCUAGUUGGGGUGUUUCUCUAUCUAGAAUUUCAUUUUUUUUAAUAUUGUUUUAGUAGGGAAAAGAAAGUUGGGUCCUUUGUUUUGUUGUUAUGGCUGUUCUUGAAUUCUCCCAAAGCCAAAAACAAAGUCUUCCCUUUCACACUUUUCAAGUUUCAAUCUAAAAAAGAACAUGGGAAGCAGAAUCUAGGGUUUGACAACACCAAGUCUAACAAGGUCUGUUUUUUUCUUUUCUUUUGGGGGUAUUUUCCCUUUUGUUUACUCAUUGAUCCUUUGCCUGUUUCUGAUCUUCUUCGUCUUCUAGGGAAAAGGAUUUGUCCCUUAAAGCUAAAUUUGGUUUGAAUUCUGUUUGAAAAAGGUCCUUGUUUGGUCUUUGGAUUAUCUCAAAUUUGAAUUUUGAGUGAUGGGUCUUUUUUUGUUUUCCUUUAAAGAUCUAGUUUUUUAGUGAAACUUCGUUGCUGUUUUUGUGUGGUUAAUUUUGGGUUUGGGGUUUUGGUUUUGGGGGGUUAAGGUUAUACAUGGAGGAGGUUGAGGAAGCUAACAAGGCAGCAGUGGAGAGCUGCCAUAGGGUUUUGAGUAUUUUAUCUCAGCCUAAAGAUCAGAUUCAAUAUAGAAAUUUAAUGGCUGAAACUGGGGAGGCUGUUUUUAGGUUCAAAAGGGUAGUUUCUCUUUUAGACACUGGUUUAGGACAUGCAAGAGUGAGGAAGCUAAGGAGAUUAGAUACCCCUUUUCCUCAAAGCAUCCUUUUGGAUAAUCCACACCAUAAGGUUAUCCAUGAAAGUUCAGUUAAAGAACUGAGUUCACAUGCCAAAAAUUGUCUUUAUUUAGGGAACCAAAACCAAACAGCCCAACCAGCAUCAUCAGGGCACUACCGUAUCCUCCAACAACAUCAACAACAGCAGCAGCUUAGACAUAGAUUACAGCUCCAACAACAGCAAAUGAAACAUCAAGCUGAGAUGAUGUUUAGGAAGAGUAAUAGUGGGAUUAGCUUGAACUUUGAUAACUCUAGCUGUACACCUACCAUGUCAUCAACUAGGUCUUUCAUUUCUUCUUUGAGCAUGGAUGGUAGUGUAGCCAAUGGUGGGGGUUCCUUCCACGUCAAUGGAGGGUCUCGUUCCUCGGAUCAGGGUUCCCAGCACAAGAAGAAGUGCUCUGGUAGGGGUGAAGAUGGGAGUGUUAAAUGUGGAAGUAGUGGUAAAUGCCAUUGCUCCAAAAAGAGGAAACAUAGAGUAAAGAGAUCUAUUAAGGUGCCUGCAAUUAGUAACAAGCUAGCUGAUAUUCCUCCUGAUGAUUAUUCAUGGAGGAAGUAUGGGCAGAAGCCAAUCAAGGGUUCUCCUCACCCUAGGGGAUAUUAUAAAUGUAGCAGUAUGAGAGGUUGCCCUGCAAGGAAGCAUGUAGAGAGGUGCUUGGAAGAACCAUCCAUGCUUAUUGUUACCUAUGAAGGUGAACAUAACCACCCAAGGUUACCAUCGCAAUCAACGACAACAUAGUCUCUCCGGGCUUAAGAUCACUAUCAAGCCUUCAAUCAGUUACCUUAGUGUCAAUGGUUGGCUUGAUUUGCUCCUGUACAUAUUUUUGCAUGGUUUCAAGCAUGGGGUAUAAUGGAGCAGUUCUUUUUAGUACAGGAGGACCAAAAAGAAAAAAAAGUAGAAUUGGGGGUUUAAAUUGUAAGAACUAUUUUCAUCUUCCAUUACAAUUAAUGCUUCAAGAAGGGUUAGAACUUUUUUGAAUUGAAUGAAAAUGCCAUCAAUGCUGUUCAAGGUUCUGGUUA